CCAGGAAACGAGCAAAAAAGAAAAUGCGCCAGGAUGCUCUAGAGGCGUGCUCCCCCGAUGCAAAAUGUAUCAGCUCUCGGUUAGGGGUCUAAAUAAUCAAUCUCGUCAAGCAGUGCUCAAAAAGUGGAUCAGUGUAAAUAAACCUUUCUUAGGUGGUAUUUUGGAAACUCACGUUAAGGAAGAUCUAGAUAAAGACAUUUUGGCAUCGAUUUGUCCAGGUUGGAGAUAUGAUAGUAACUACUCUUGUUCAGAUAAUAGACGUAUUUUGAUCAUCACUUACAAGAAAUCAGAUCAGUUUGUUCCUGCGACUAAUUCAUCUUUCAAUGUAGCAUUUAUUUAUGCGCAAAACUUGGAGAGCCAAAAGAGAAGACUAUGGGAGGAUAUUUCUGCGCUUAGAGCAGGCUCUCCACUUUCUUCUAGACCUUGGCUGCCAAUGGGGGACUUUAAUCAAAUCCUUCUCGCCUCAGAGCACUACUCUAUCUUUCCAUCAGUGCUUCCCCUUCGCGGUAUGGCUGAUUUUGAGACAUGUUUGGUGGACAACGAGCUAUCUGACCUGUCAAGUAGGGGAGUCUUCUACACUUGGACAAAUAAUAAUCCAGAAAGCCCUACUCUUAGGAAAUUGGAUCGAGCAGUCAAUGAUUGCUGGAGGACUGCUUUUCUAGACUCUAACGCCUUCUUUGACUCUCCAAGGGAAUCGGAUCAUGCGCCAUGUUUAGUGUCUUUGACAUCAGAGAUAGAGGUCAGAAGAAAAUCCUUCAAGUACUUCUCUUUUCUCUCAACUCAUCCGAAAUUUUUGUCCGUCCUUAAGGAAGCGUGGGGAGAGGAAACUUGUGUUGGCUCUGAUUUGUUUGUGCUAGGGCAAAAGCUUAAAGCAGCCAAGGUUUUCUGUAAGCACCUGAACAGAGAGGGAAUUAGUAAUAUUCAGCAGCGUGCAAAGGAGGCUUUCUCUCGGCUGGAGAAUAUUCAGAAGGAUCUGCUUUCCAAUCUGUCUGGUCAGAUAAAGGAUAUGGUUGUUGCGUAUUACUCGAAUCUUCUAGGGUCUGAAGUGGCUGAUACAGUUCCGUUUACAGGGAGACUUCUUUGCGAGAAUGUAUUGUUAGCCUCUGAGCUGGUGGAGAAUUUUCAUAAAGAGGGUGUAACGAGAAGGGGGUGUCUCCAGAUCGAUCUCACCAAGGUAUAUGAAAAUUUGAGCUGGACUUUUGUUCUUAACAUCUUGGAAGCGCUUGAUAUCCCCCCCCCCCUAGUUCAGAAAUUAAUUUGCCGAUUGUAUUUCCACCCCUACAAAGGGUUACGCCAAGCAAUGGAUGUUUUGGCAAAGAAGCUGGAUAUGAGGGCAAUAAAUCAAAGAUUCUCGCCUCAUCCUCUAGGGGCUGCUCCUCUCGUCACUCACUUAAGUUUUGCGGACGGUGUUUUGGUGUUUUUUUAUGGAGAGGAGAGACCUCUGUCGGGCAUUUUGAAUAUCUUAGAGGACUUCAGAGUUGGAUCGGGUCUUCACAUUAAUCGGGAAAAGUCAUUCCUAUAUCUUGAUGGGAAUAACUCUUCUUUAGCAAGCCAAUUGGCAGGGCUUCGUAGGCUUGCAGAUUGGAAUAAAGUUCUUGGCCUAAAGCACAUCUCGUUGAUUUUCACUGUAGCAGGCUGUCUAUGGAUCUCGUGGUUAAGAAUAAAUCUUUUGCAAGGCCGCUGUUUCUGGGCAAUAGAUCCCCGUAACUCAGGUAGCUGGAUAUGGAAACAAUGCAAGCUUCGCCCUCUUGCCCGUCCCUUUGUUUUCUGUGAAGUAGGUUCAGGGAUAAAAACGAUGUUUUGGAGUGAAAACUGGACAGGAUUGGGUCCUCUUAUUGAUAUCACUGGUUCAGAAGGGCCGCGUCUCACAUGUUUGCCACUCGAUGCAAUGGUAGCCGAUGCAAUUAGAGGUAAUGAAUGGUGGCUGAUCUCGAGCCGAAGCAUUAACUCAGUCAUUAGCUUAUUGCGUCAAUGCCUUCCUCAGGUUGAUCCGAUAAUGAGUAGUGAGUGCGAUGACUCCUUUUUGUGGAAAAUUGCCAACAACACUUCGUCUUUGUCUUUCUCUGCAUCAAAGACGUGGGACUCAUUACACCUGUCGGGGGAGAUAGUUCUUUGGAAUAAAGCAGUCUGGUUUAAGGAUCACAUCCCUAAGCAUGCGUUUGGGUGUUGGGUGGUAGCUCGUAACCGAAUGCUUACGCGGGAUAGGCUGAGAAGGUGGGGUAUCAUGGUCCCUUCUCAGUGUUUACUCUGCAAUACCCAUGACGAGAGCAGGGAGCAUUUAUUUUUUGAUUGCCCUUAUAGUAAUGAAGUCUGGACUUCUUUCACAUCUGCGGCAAAUCUCUCCAGCCCGGCUCAGUUUGACGACUUGCUUUGCUGGAUUGUGCAACCCUCUCCGGACAAAAACAUCAACAAGAUUGUGCAGGAACGUAAUGCUCGGCUUCACCUACAAGUGGCUUGGCCUGCAGCUACUAUUGUAAAGGAGAUUCAACAU